GAGGCAGGGCAGGUGGGGUGGGGCAGGUAGGUUUCCCUCUACUGAGGGCCUCACACCCUCUUCUUUAGCCCCUUCUUGCAACCUUCCUCGUAGGUCUCAGUGGAUCCCAAGCUGAGCACAGGUUUCUUUCCAGGUUUCCUCCCCUCCCGGCUACUUCCUGCUGCCUUGGUACUGCUGUUGUCUGUCUAGCUGCUCCUCCCUGGCUUCUGUGGCUGAGACCGUCAUCAGGGUCCUGUUGUCUUUCCCCACACCGCUCCUGCCCCUCCUGCCAAGCAGAGCCAGUCCCUGAGAGCCCCCGGGGUCAGUGUAAGCAAGAGGAGGCUUCUGGAAUGCCGCCCACCAUGGCUCCAGCUGGGGUCUCUCCUGAGGCGCUCACCCACUGUGUGUGCUGUAGGGGUUGGAGAGAGGAUUUGAGGAACACUUCUGUGCUGCUCCAGGAGCUAGGCUAGAGGGCCACUCCCAAGAUCAGAAUCAGCAUGGCGGUGGGAUAGUCUCAGGCUUAGGCACUCACCCUAGCACCUGCCGUGAGCUCCAGCAGACAGCAUGGCAGACACUGAGGAGCUGGCAGAUGGCCGUGGCCCAAGUUUCUCUGCAGAGCCAUGGAGUCUCGCAGAGAUGUCUGUCCCACACACGUAGGUGUUCUUCCACCAGCAUGCUGUGUCCGGCCUGGGUAGAGGAACUAAGUUAAUGGCUUCAGGAAGGGAACUGCCACUAGGGAGGCUGCGGGGUGGUGGGAGGAUGAGAAACAGGUCAGGCUGGCACUCUGGCUCCUCUUUUACUUGGAGAUUGUCACUGGGAAGGUGAGGUGGGCUGGGGAAGGCCAGCUGUGGACCUAGGUCCUUUUAUCCUCCAGGGGUCUUGGCCUGAUGGUUAGAUGUGGAGGAGAGGCCUGGGAAGAGCACACCAUGCCCAUCUGCAACCCACAGGCAUUGACUAUAAGACGACCACCAUCCUGCUGGACGGCCGGCGUGUGAAGCUGGAGCUCUGGGACACCUCAGGCCAGGGCAGGUUCUGCACCAUUUUCAGGUCCUACUCCAGGGGCGCACAGGGCAUCCUUCUGGUGUACGACAUCACCAACCGCUGGUCCUUUGAUGGCAUUGACCGGUGGAUCAAGGAGAUCGAUGAGCAUGCACCCGGGGUCCCCAGGAUCCUGGUGGGGAACAGGCUGCACCUGGCCUUUAAGCGCCAGGUGCCCACGGAGCAGGCGCGCGCCUACGCUGAGAAGAACUGCAUGACCUUCUUUGAGGUCAGUCCGCUGUGCAACUUCAACGUGACUGAGUCUUUCACGGAGCUGUCACGCAUCGUGCUAAUGCGCCACGGCAUGGAGAAGAUCUGGCGGCCCAACCGUGUGUUCAGCCUGCAGGACCUUUGCUGCCGCGCCAUCGUGUCCUGCACACCGGUGCAUCUCAUCGACAAGCUCCCACUGCCCGUCACUAUCAAGAGCCACCUCAAGUCCUUCUCUAUGGCCAACGGCAUGAACGCAGUCAUGAUGCAUGGCCGCUCCUACUCGCUGGCUGGCGGGGGCGGUGGUGGGGGCAGCAAGGGCAACAGCCUCAAGCGGUCCCGCUGCAUCCGUCCCCCCCAAAGCCCCCCCCAGAACUGCUCCCGUAGCAACUGCAAGAUCUCCUAGCAGGCUCUCCGCCCCACCACGCCUGCACGCGACAGGAGGGCCAUCCUGGGCUGGGGGGUGGGGGGAUCAGUCGGCAAGGCACCGGGCACUUUCCCAGGGCUCUGGCCCCCCCCACACCUGAGGUUGAGGGAGGGGCAUGUGGCUGGUCUCAGCGGAGCAAGCUUGAGAGGAUGGCGUGUGCGCCCUGCUGCAGACUCCGCGGGGCGUCAUGCCCGUGAGCAGCCAUCAGGAGGCACAGCUGGCCAUAGUUGGAGACGCUCUGAGGAGUGCAGGGGCUGCCACCGCCCUUCUCAUUUAUAGAAAACACGCGGCCUGUUUUUGUACAUUUCUAAGGGCUGUUAUGGAGGCCUGGGUACUGCUGUGUUGGCCUUGGGGAUGUGCUGGGGACAAUUGGGAGGGCACUGGAGGCUGAGGUGGGUCAGACCCAGAGUUUUUCUUCUGUUCACAUCAUGGGCACUGGGUUCUGCACAGGAAGCUGACCCCAGUGUAGGUCUGGGGAAAGCAUCUGGGGCUCCAGCCAGUACUCCAGAUGACACGAUGUGCCCACCCGUCAGAGGCCUCAAGAUGAAUAGACGGUUUCCCAAGGGGCUGGGGUGCCUGAGAACUCUGUGCAAGUGCAUGACCUCCCCUCAUUGCUCCCACACAGAGAUCGGCCUCUCCAGAGAGGCUAAGGGCUCUGUAGAGGUAGAAACACCACCUUAGGCACCCUGAACUGCACAGGGACCCUGUGGGGUAGUGGCCACUCUGCACUAACCCCAGUGAGUUGUGACCGCCCCUCACCUGCAUCACCGUGCUGCAGGGUCACAGCCACUGUGAGUUGCUCACUGGAGCAACCACUGCAGCAGUGGACUCAAAGCCUAAGGACCCAGCAGCCCACAAUGUAUUGGAGGCCCUGGGUGGGGCCGUCCCUCACAAAGCCAUCUGUUGCCCCCUCCCUGUCUCUUACCCUGGCCUGGGCGACAUGGCCAUCAGUCACACUCUACCUCCUGCCCUCGACCCCCUAGCGUGUCUCCCCCACUCUUGGACAUUUUAGGUGGCCAGCGCGUUUCCUGAGACGGGUCCUGAGCAGGUGGCUGGGCAACACUAGAUUUGCAAAUGUGUGCCCAGGCCUCCCAGCCUUUCCUAUAGAUGGGCUCUCUUUCUUGCAGUUAUGAAGAGAACCCACGGACUUGGUUUUUCUUCAAAGACACUGAUGACUUUGUUCACAAUGUCAACACUACUUCUCGCUGCUGUGGACUUGCUCCAUUCCUUUGUUCUCUUUGAACCAUUUUUAUUUUUUUGUACAGUAAAUGUAAUUCAACUGUGACACUGUGGUUCGCUUUAUAUAAAUUAAACUCUAUGGUUUUAAA